AUGGCCGACUGUCCGAGAUUCCAGUGGAAUAAUCGGCCGACAGGGGCAGAUCUAGGGGGAUUUUCUCGGAGGCUGAAAUAUCGGAUUGUUUUGCAGGCACCAGCAGGAGAAGUGGUCUCGGGGAAAGGAGUAGUGAUCUGCAAAUACCCGUCCGAUCCUUCGGUUGUGCUCGGAUACAUCUCCACCGCCCUUCUUGCCGCCGCCUCCUUCGCCGGAUACCGCUCCCUCUUUUAUCCAUACAAGGGUAAAUCGGUCCCACAAUCCGCAUUUUUCGCAUCCCAUUGGUGCCUUUCUUACUUCUCCGUUGCAUUGUUUACAUCAGUUUUCGCUGCAAUAUUUCUGAUAUGGCCCACAGUGCAAGGACACAUACACCACACGAAGAAUGUGCACACAGAUCUUUUAUUCGAAUGCCCCACUGCUAAAACGGGCUUCCUUGGCGGUGGUGCUUUUGCGUCUCUCAAUUCGUCUCUCUUCUGGUUGGUUUGUUUGAUGCUCGCAACGAAUGUGAGGGAGGACUACUUGGACGAUGCGGAGAAAAACGAGAUAAUAUGAUCGGAAAGAAAGAAAAAAAACCAAGAAUAUUUCACAGUUCAUGGGGUAACUUUGCAGGUUUAAGUAGAAAAAUUAAAUGUCUGUGUACAUAGUUUCCUUUGUACUAUAUUGCUUAAGUUUAGUCAGAUCUUUCAGCUGUAAUGGUCAAUUUUUUCUUAAAGUUAUUUCCGAACUGUUUAACAUAAAACCCGAA